AUGCAUUCCCAUCUUCACACCCCGUACAAUAUCAACUGCGAGGAAGUCAUGACAGCUCUCGACGAGUGUCACGCCCGCGGAUUCCUUUACAAAGCCGUUGGUAACUGCAAUGACAUCAAGCGCGACGUGAACAAGUGCCUAUCCGCCGAGCGAUCCGACCGAGCCAAGCGCAAUCGCGACGACGCUCGAAACAAGCGUGCACGUAUCGAGGAGAUCUGGGCUCGUGAGCGCGGACAAGAUCAGGCCGCUGCCUCUACUGGUGCUGGUGCUGGUCCCAAUGCUAGCGCAGGCGUGAAUGCGAGUGCGAGUGCGAGCGCAGAGAAACCUGCGGCUUCGCAAUAA